UGCAGUUGCCGAGCGCUCCCGAGCCGCCGGCUCCGCGCCCCAGCCCCAUAGCGCUGCGCUCCGGGCAGCGGCCACCGCCAUCUGCGAGCCCUGUGCCCGUGGUACGGGCGCCCUUCCCUUGCCCCAGCCAUGCCGCGGUGGCCGGUGCCGGCGUGAGCAAGCGAGCGGCGGGUCCUCGGCGGCCAUGCGGGGCCUGGCGGGCUGGGCCGUGCUGGUGGCCCUGGGCGAGUGGCUGCUGCUGCGGGCGGGCGGCGUGGUGCCGCUGGCGGAUUUCUACCCCUUCGGGCCCGCCGAGGGCGACGCCGCCACAAGGAAGCAGGACGACGGCGGCUCCGAGCUGCGGCCCCUCUCUGUCCCCUUCCCCUUUUUCGGGGCGGGGCACACCGGCCUCUACGUGAACAAUAAUGGGAUCAUCUCAUUCCUGAAGGAGGUCUCCCAGUUCACACCAGUGGCCUUUCCCAUCUCCAAGGACCGGCGUGUGGUGGCUGCUUUCUGGGCAGACGUGGACAACCGGCGGGCAGGCGAUGUGUACUACCGGGAGAGCACAGAGCAGUCCAUCCUGGAGAGAGCGAGCAGGGACAUCGCACAGUAUUUCCCCGAGUUCCCAGGGUUUUCCGCACAGUGGGUCUUCAUCGCCACCUGGUACCGAGUGACCUUCUUCGGGGGCAACUCGUUUUCACCGGUAAACACUUUCCAGAUUGUCCUCAUCACAGAUGGCAAGCUCUCCUUCACCAUCUUCAACUAUGAGUCCAUCACCUGGACCACGGGUAUGCACGCCAGCAGUGGGGGGGACUUUGCCGGGCUCGGCGGCAUUGCAGCACAGGCAGGUUUUAACGCCGGUGAUGGAAAGCGCUACUUCAACAUCCCUGGAUCCCGCACCGAUGACAUCGCUGACGUGGAGAUGACGACAAAUGUGGGUAUCCCCGGGCGCUGGGUGUUCAGAAUCGAUGAUGCCCAGGUGCAAGUGGGGGGCUGCAGCAAUACAACCUCUGUCUGCCUCACACUGCGGCCCUGCCUGAAUGGGGGGAAGUGUAUAGAGGACUGCAUCACAGGGAACCCCUCCUACACCUGCUCCUGCCUGGCUGGCUUUACUGGGAAGAGGUGCCAUGUUGAUGUGGACGAGUGUCUCUCCAACCCAUGUCAGAAUGGAGCCACAUGCCUCAACGGUGCUGGCAACUUCAGCUGCAUGUGCCCACUGGGCUUCAGAGGUGCCAACUGUGAGACGGAAGAGCUGCCAUGUGAGAGCAAAGUGUGCCACAACGGUGGGACAUGCCAGGCAGUGAAUGGGACAGCAGUGUGCUUGUGCCAGCCGGGGUACACAGGGCCAGACUGCCAGACAGAGCUGAAUGAGUGUGAAUCCAACCCAUGCCUGAAUGGUGGGCAUUGUGUUGACCUGGUCGAUAACUAUACCUGUAUGUGUCUGGAGCCCUUUGUGGGACAGCGCUGCGAGACAGACUCAUCUAUCUGUGAGGACCGGAGCUGCCGAAACCGACAGACGUGCAACUACAUCCGCCCAGGCCGCUACAUCUGCACGUGCUCCCCGGGUUAUUAUGGCAACAACUGCCAGUACGGCGGGCCCCGUGUGCCUGGCGCCUGCCUCUCCCAACCCUGCCAGAACGCGGGCAGCUGCCUGGAGACGGAGCAGGGCUACCUCUGUGAGUGCCAGGAGGGCUACACUGGACAGGACUGUCGAGACAAGCUCUCAGAAGGCUGCGAGUGUCGCAAUGGAGGCAGUUGUCUGGAGGGGAAUGUCACCAUCUGCCAGUGCCUGCCUGGGUUUUUUGGUCUCCUCUGUGAAUUCGAAGUCACCACCACCCCGUGCAACAUGAACACGCAGUGUCCAGAUGGUGGGUACUGCAUGGAGUAUGGUGGGAGCUACCUCUGCGUCUGCCACACUGACUACGGCACCAACCACACAAUGCCAUCCCCUUGCGACUCAGAGCCCUGCCUGAAUGGAGGGUCCUGCGAGGUACAUGAUGACUCGUACACCUGUGAGUGUCCUCGAGGCUUCCUUGGCAAGCACUGCGAGAAAGCCAAGCCACGGCUCUGCAGCACGGGACCCUGUCGCAAUGGGGGAACCUGCAAGGAGGCAGAUGGCGAGUACCACUGCUCCUGCCCCUACCGCUUCACCGGGAAGCACUGUGAGAUCGGUAAGCCGGAUCCCUGUGCCUCUGGGCCCUGCCAGAACGGGGGCACCUGCUUCCACUACAUUGGCAAGUACAAGUGCGACUGUCCCCCAGGCUACGCUGGCCGGCACUGCGAGAUUGUGCCCUCCCCGUGCUUCCUUAGCCCCUGUGAGAACGGUGCUACCUGUGAGGACCUUGGCGAGGGCUAUGCUUGCACGUGCCCCAUGGGCUAUGUAGGGAAGCACUGCCAGACUGUGGUUGACUGUGGCAUUCCCAGUGAGGUGAAGCAUGCCCAGGUGUCUUUCAACUCCACCAAGGUGGGCUCUGUGGCUGAAUACCAGUGUGAGCUGGGCUACACCCUCAGCCAGCACCACCCUCGCAUCUGCCACUCACCGGGUGUCUGGAGUGACCCUCCUGAAUGCAACGAGAUCAAUGAGUGCCAGUCCCAGCCCUGUCUGAAUGGUGGUCAGUGCAAGGACCGCAUUGCUGAGUUCCUGUGCUUGUGUGAGCCAGGUUACACCGGCCAGCAUUGUGAAUCAGAUACUGAUGAAUGCCUGUCGGAGCCCUGCAAGAACGGUGGGAACUGCCAGGACCUCCCUGCAUCCUUCACUUGCUACUGUCCCGAGGGCUUUGUGGGUUCCCAGUGUGAGACAGAAGUGGAUGCCUGUGAGUCAGGCCCUUGCCAGAAUGGAGGGGAGUGUGAGAGCUACAGGGGCUCCUACCUCUGCGUGUGCCCGGAGGGUUUCUUUGGCUACCACUGUGAGACAGCCAGCGACCCGUGCUUCUCCAGUCCCUGUGGGAGCAGGGGGUACUGCCUGCCCGGCAAUGGCACCCACAGCUGCACCUGCAAAGUCAGCUACACAGGCAAGAGCUGCGAGAAAGAAUUGCUGCCACCAACCUCAUUAAAGGUGGAAAGGGUGGAGGACACUGGUGUGUUGAUUUCUUGGCACCCACCUGAGGACGCAGCUGCCAGGCAACUCAUUGACGGCUACGCCGUGACGUACGUAUCCCUCGACGGCUCUUACCGCAGGACAGAUUUUGUGGACCGAAGUCGUUCUGCCCACCAAUUGCGGGCACUAGCCUCCGGCAGAGCCUACAAUAUUUCUGUCUUUUCAGUCAAACGCAACGUGAACAACAAGAAUGAUAUCAGCAGGCCCGUCAUGCUCACCACACGCACUAGACCGCGUCCGGUGGAAGGCUUUGAGAUCACGAAUGUGACAGCCAGCGCCAUCACGGUGCAAUGGGCUCUCCACCGGCUCAAGCACUCCACUGUCAGUAGGGUGCGUGUCUCCAUCCGCCAACCGGGGGACCUGUCAGACCGCACCGUGGAGCUGAACAGCAGCGUGGCCAAGUACACCUUCCUGGACCUGCAGCCAGGAGAGAAGUACAUUGUCCAUGUCACAACACUGAGCGGCCUGGGGACAGAAGAUCACCUCUCAGAGAGUCUGGCCACGGCUCCCUUCCACGUAUGGACAAGGCCUCUUCCCCCCCAAAACCUCACUGCCUCCCGUGUCACCACUACAUCUGUGUCCAUGGCAUGGGAACAGCCGCCUGCCGGUGCCGUCGAGGGAUACAUCAUCAAUGUCACCACCGCUCAGAGUGUGAAGAGCCGCUAUGUGCCCAAUGGAAAGCUUGUGUCCUAUACGGUGCGAGACCUGCUCCCUGGGCAGCGGUACCGCCUGUCUGUCACAGCUGUGCAGAACACAGAGCAAGGCCAAGUGCACAGUGAGCCUAUCUACCUCUACGUCACCACAUUGCAGAGGGAUGGGGCUCCGGAGAGACGGUGGAGCCAAGCUGGACACCCCCGAGUCCUGCGCAACAGGCUUCCUCCAGCUUUUCUGCCUGAGCUCCGCUUGCUAGCAGAUCACAACACAGCUGAGGAACCCUCGCCAGCCCCCAGGUUCACCGAGCUGGUAGAUGGCAGAGGGAGGAUCAGUGCCAGGUUUGGCAAAUCCAUCAGCAUGAAGACACAGCCAGAUGCUCCAGUGAAGCUGGAGAACUUGGAAGCAUCCAGCCACAGCAGCCUGGCACUGCAGCUGCAGGAGAACAAGAGCAAGAGUGAGGGGCAGAACUGCUCCAUGAACCCCUGCAGGAACGGAGGCACCUGCACCAGAGAUGUCAAGUCCUACCAUUGCAGCUGCCGCCCGGGGUUCAAGGGCCGGCUCUGUGAGCUGGCCUGCAAGAAGGUGCCACACUCGUGCACACGGCUGUACUCGGAAACCAAGUCAUUCCCUGUGUGGGAAGGAGGUACCUGCCACUACCUGUACAGGAGAGUCUACAAGGUACGCCAGGAUGUCUGCUACAAGGAGAGCUGCAAGAGCACCAGUUCCGAGACAACAACCAGCAGAAAACAAAGCACCAGUCACACACUGAGGAAGUCCUAAAGAUUCAAACAAGUAGAAGCUUCAUCUUUCCACUUCUAAAGGGUUUUCUUUGUAACAUCAGGAAGAUCAGAUCUGCUCACUGGGUUGAACACAGCAGGGGAACCUUCCUGCCUGAUAUCAGCCUCUCCCUCUUCUCCAGCCAGUUAGGGAUACGCAGCCAGAUCGGCACACUGAGCAGCACUCCCUUCCCUCCUCUGGACCAGCACUGCCUGCGCUCUGGCUUGCCUUACUCUAGCUAUCUCUGCCCCACAAGGAGCCGAGUGCUGGUGUCCCGCAGCAGCUGGCUGACUGCCCCCAAGGUGACCAGCCUUACUUUGUCCCCCCACCAGCUGCUCUGCACGAAGGCUUCCAGCUCUGCUCAGGCGUCAGUGGAGCUAAGCCCUGCUCCCUACCAAUAGCAUCUGCACCAACCUGUUUUUGUAAUCCAAAGUAUAAAUUACCCAUAACCGCUAAAUAAAACAGUUUAAUGCAGACCAGAAA